AUGGAGGAUUCUUAUAAGCCAUCCAUAGAGCAUCAAAGGAGGUUUAAUCUGGUAAUGAAGGAAGUGGUGAGGAAUGGAGUGUUGAAGCUACUCGAUGCGGAAAUCAUCUAUGCCAUUUCGGAUAUUUCAUGGGUUAGUCUGGUUCAAGUUGUGCCAAAAAAGAGAGGCAUGGCGAUAAUCAAGAAUGAGAAGAACCAGCUCAUCCCCACUAGAAUGGUCAUUGGUUGGAGAGUGUGUAUUGAUUAUCAGAAGUUGAACAAGGCUACAAGAAAAGGUCACUUCCCUCUCCCAUUCAUUGAUCAAAUGUUGGAUCGUUUAGUGAGUUUUGAGUACUAUUGCUUCCUUAAUAGGUAUUCGGGGUACAACCAAACUGCAAUUGCUUUCGAGGAUCAAGAAAAUACCACUUUCACUUGUCCAUAUGAGAAGAAUUUGGUGCUUAAUUGGGAAAAAUGUCAUUUCAUGGUUAAGGAAGGUAAUGUUCGAGGCCAUCGGGUGUCCUCUAAGAGAAUUAAGGUUGAUCGAGCUAAAAUAUCAACAAUUGAGAAGCUUCCACCGCCGAUUAAUGUGAAGGGGAAAAGGAGCUUCCUGGGGCAUGCCGGGUUCUAUAGACGGUUCAUCAAGGAUUUCUCAAAGAUUGUUAAGCCGUUGUGUAAUCACCUUGAAAAGGAUGCUCCUUUUGUCUUUGAUGAAGCUUGUGUGAAGGCCUUUGAAGUAUUUAAGGAAAGGUUGAUUUCGACUCCCAUUGUGAUUGUGUCUGAUUGGAAUGAGCCGUUUGAAAUCAUACGUGAUGUGAGUGAUUACGCCAUUGGAGCAGUACUUAGCCAAAGGAGAGAUGAGAUCUUCAAGGCCAUCUACUACUCAAGUCGGACCCUCAUCGAUGCUCAACUAAACUACACCGCUACCGAGAAAGAGAUGUUAGCGAUAGUGUUUGCUUGUGAUAAAUUUCGCUCUUACAUUAUUGGUUCUAAAGUGAUUGUUUACAUGGACCACGCGGGGAGUGAGAAUAUAGUGGCGGACCAUUUCUUGAAACUUGAGCAAUUUGAAGUGGAGAAUGGUGCUAACAUACAAGAGAAGUUCUCGGAUGAGCAACUUUUUGAAAUUGAGUUAAAGCUUCCUUGGUACACUGACUUUGUCAAUUAUCUAGCUUGCAAUGUAUUGCCACUAGACCUCACCUAUCAUGCAAAGAAAAAAUUCCUCCAUGUUGUAAGGGGCUACUUAUGGGAUGAUCCACUUUUGUUUAAAAGGUGCAAUGACCAAGUCAUUCGAAGGUGUGUUCCCGAAGAAGAAAUUCACGAUAUUCUCCAUUCUUGUCAUUCCGCACCUUAUGGAGGGCAUUUCAGUGCGACUCAAACCGCCGCUAAGGUUGAGAUUUUUGAUGUUUGGAGAAUUGACUUUAUGGGGCCAUUUCCUCCUUCUUUUGGUCAAGAGUACAUCUUGUUGGCAGUCGAUUAUGUGUCCAAAUUGGUGGAAGCAAUUGCUGCUCCAACAAAUGAUGCCCGAGUGAUCUUGAAAUUCUUGCACAAGAACAUCUUCACAAGGUUCGGUACCCCUUAA